GUCCGUGGUGGAAUAAUAUGGACGGACCACGGACCAUCCUUUCAUGGAAUAGUGACCAUCGUCGUCGUAUUAUGAAUUUGUUUUUGGGUUUUGGAUGGUUUUGGGUUUAGUUUGGGUCUUGGGUGUAAACGUUUUGGGGCCAUGUUGGGGCUUGUACGGGAUACUUGAUAAAAAUAAAAUAGAAAUUUUACUUUACAUAUUAAAAUUGGUACAUAUCAAAUUGUGUCUUUUGGUCUUGGUAAAUCAAAUUUAAUAACAUGGAAGUAAAACAAGAAACUAGUGAGAAAAUUUGUGAAAUAGAAAAUGAGACAUGUGGUAGUGGUGAUCCUUUGGAUGCUUUCAAAAUUGAAAUUACAGAAGAACCCAAGAGAGAACCCCCAUAUGACACAUUUGAUUAUUUAGACUUUCCUGUAAACACUAAGGUAGAACAAGAUGAAUAUAAAUUUACUCUAUUUGAAGAAAAGCAAACAACAAAUGAAGAAAGUUGUCACCAGGUGGAGAAUAAAAUCAAACAUGUGGAAACUUUACAUUUAUCUCAAAAAGAAAAAUGCACAGGACAACACGCAGAAGAAAUAAUAUUAAAUAAAAAAAUAAAAGUUGAAACUGGACAUAGAUCCUACAAAUGUGAAACUUGUUCAAAGCAGUUUAUUUCUACCAGCGCUUUGAAAAUACAUUUGAGAUUGCACACUGGAGAAAAACCGUACAAGUGUGAAAUUUGUUUUAAGCAGUUUUCUCAUAAAGGUUGUCACGAGGUGGACAAUAAAAUCAAAACUGUGGAAACGUUUCAUUCAUCUCAAAAAGAAAAAUCUACAGGUAAACACGCUGAAGAAAAGAUAUUAAAUAAAAAUACGAAAGUUAAGACUGCACAAAAACCUUAUAAAUGUGAAAUUUGUUUAAAGCAGUUUUCUCACAAAUGGUUUUUGAAAAGGCAUGUAAGAGUACAUACUGGGGAAAAACCAUACAAGUGUGAAAUUUGUUUUAUGCAGUUUUCUCAGAAAAAUAGUUUGAAAACACAUUUAACGCUGCACACUGGAGAAAAACGUUACAACUGUGAAAUUUGUUUAAAGCAGUUUUCUCACAAAUGGUUUUUGAAAAUGCAUAUAAGAGUACAUACUGGGGAAAAUCCUUACAAGUGUGAAAUUUGUUUUACUCAGUUUUCUCAGAAAAGUAAUUUGACAAGACAUUUAAGACAACACACUGGAGAAAAACCGUACAAGUGUGAAAUUUGUUUUCAGCAAUUUAGUGAAUCAAGUACUUUGAAAAUACAUUUGAGAGUACACACUGGGGAAAAUCCUUACAAGUGUGAAAUUUGUUUCAAAAAGUUAAACAAUGCAAGUCGUUUGAAAAGCCAUUUGAGAAUACACACUGGAGAAAAGCCUUACAAGUGUGAAAUUUGUUUAAAACAUUUUAGACAAGCAGGUUCUUUAAAACUACAUUUGAGAGUGCACACUGGGGAAAAUCCUUACAAGUGUGAAAUUUGUUUUACGCAGUUUUCUCAGAGAGGUAGUUUGAAAAGACAUUUAAGACAGCACACUGGAGAAAGACCGUACAAGUGUGAAAUUUGUUUAAAGAAAUUUAACGUUGCACAUCAUUUAAAAAGACAUUUGAAAGUGCACGCUGGAGAAGAACUUUAUAAAUGAGAAAUUUUUGUAACCGGUUUAACCAUGCACAUAUUUUAAAAACGCAUUUGAGAGUGCACACUGGUGAAAUACUACAAGUGUGCUAUUUGUUUUAAGCAGUUUAAUAAUAAAAGUAAUUUAAAAACACAUUUCAAAGUGCAAACACGUUUGAGAAUACUGUUCCGAAACACGGUACACGUACAGACGGUAGGCCGAUUUUGGCGCCUAAUUCCGUCCGUUUCGCGCACGACGACAGCUUCGAGGAACCCACACACUUGCCACUUGACUUGCAGAUACAUUUUUACAUGCAUUUGUGAAAUUCUUUACACCUGAUAGUUUUACGGAGCGUAGAAUAUAUUAGGUUUGUUCGUAGAACGAUCAGCAACCGUUGCCAACCAUCAGACGCAUGCGCGUUCGUAGUCUACGAACUCAACUGUUAACUGCGCAGCGCCAACUGUUAACUGCGCAUGCGUCUGACGGUUGGCAACGGUUGCUGAUCGUUUGGAUCGUACUACGAACAAACCUAUUUUGUUACUUUUAAUUAUUAGACAUUCUUGAACGUAUUAAUAUUCAAUUUACUAUUUGUAUUGUUUUUGGUAUCGUGUGGGUCUGGCAUAAAUUUACAGUGCCGAAUUGUGCCAUAUAUAAUUGCAAAAACUGUAAUCAAAGUACCAAAGGUACGAAAAUAAAAUACUUCAGCUUUCCAAAGACAGAUAAUUUGUUGAAACAAUGGAAAAUCGCUUGUCGCAGAGAAGAUAUAAUAGGUUUGUUCUAACAAACAGUCAAACUAGUCAGAAACCGUCAGCAAACAGUUGGUCAGUGAGAGAACGUAAUACAGUCGUCUAUAUCCCCUCUACUCGUGCUGGUCCACUAUUCGCUGAUGGUUUUAAACCGUUUGAAACUGAUGCUAGAACAAACCUAAUAGGUAAAAUUAAUUUAAAAAAUGUAAGUUUGGAAUUAAUUUUAAAAUACAUAUUUAUAAGAAAUUGAUUUAAUAUCAAAAAUAAGUAAUAAGAAGAUAUCAAAAAAGAGCUGUAUUAAAUAAAUAUUUAUAUCUAUAAUAAUAUAUUUUAUGUAUAAGUAACUUUAAUUUUUCUCAGUAACGAUAUGCUCAAUACAUUUUGAAGAAAAACAUUAUGAAAUUCCUCUGAAACAAAGGCUUUUGAAUUACUCUCCAAAGAAUGCUCCUCAUUUAAAGGCUGAUGAAUCUCUACAAGGUUCAGUACCUACUCUAAACUUACCUGAGGCUCAUCAAAUACUGACCUAAAGCGAAAAUCUGAGGAAAGAACACUGAGAAUCACAAAAAGAAAACGUAGAGAAGAGGUGGAAGAUAUUAAAAUCAUCAAACAGUAUUUCAUGUUGUACAUUAACACAUAAAAAGAACAUAGAGACGAUUACUGAGGAGUCACAGCUUCCAACAUCUGAUGAACAAUUAAUUUCAACAUUAAUAGAGACAUGAAUAGAGACCCUGACUGGAUACAAGCUGUCUCUAAAGGUUCUCUUGUACAUCCAAAUGAUGAUUUGUGGGAAGUUUUGAAAGUGGAGACACAGUUCCAUAAGAUGCAUGGUAACUCUUUAUCUAAAGAGGAGAACAUUUUUCACAAAUUGGCUGAUAAAACAAUGUCACAAAUAACAACUACAUCAGUGCCUUACGAAGUUGUCCUUUACUUCGCUAAAACUCGAAGUUAUAUUAGGCUACGAGAGUUAAAUAGAAAAAUUAGUUUAAAAAUGCUCAAAGGAGCUUAGAGAAGAAAAUGUCAAAAUUAACCAAUUUUAAAAUAUAAUAGUCUGUAUUUUAUUUUUUCUUGUUCUCUUGCAAUAAAAUAUUCUAUAAAA